UGAAAAACAAAUUAGUAUUUUUCAGAUUGUUGAGUCCAAAAAGUGAAUUAAAAUGCUGCUUAAAAUAGUGGCACUCGCUGUUGUUUUUCUUAAUGGUCAUAUUUGUCAACAAGUAAAUACACCAGAUGGACCAAUCUUGGGUACUACUGAAUAUUCCAUAGCUGGUACACCGUAUUCUUCAUUUUAUUCCAUUCCAUAUGCCAAACCUCCAGUUGGAACGUUAAGAUUUCAGGCUCCCCAAGCAGUAGAGCCAUGGACUGAAGUAUACAAUGCUACCACCGAACAAAAACGAGUAUGCUAUCAGCUUUAUCAAGAUUUACCUGAAGAAACCGAGGAUUGUUUACUUCUCAAUGUAUAUGUACCACAAUCAAAUGCGACUGAUUUACCCGUCAUGCUGUUUAUACACGGCGGUGGAUUUAUUUCUGGUUCUGGACUUAAUGGAGGACCUCAAGGAUUUUAUCGCCCCAACUUCUGGAUGGAUAACAACGUUAUUCUGAUCUCUAUUAACUAUAGACUGGGAGUUUUUGGUUUCUUCUCUACUGGAGACGAAAUUAUCCCAGGGAAUAAUGGGUUGAAAGAUCAGGUUCAAGCAAUGAAAUGGGUGCAGAGAAACAUCGCUUCGUUUGGUGGUGAUCCUAAGAAAGUUCUGAUUUUUGGACAAUCUGCUGGUAGCGCUUCUGUAGGUUGGCAUCUGUUAAGUUCAUCCAGCACUGGUUUAUUCAGAGCUGCUAUUCUACAAUCUGGUACUCCCUUAUGUCCAUGGGCUUAUCAAAGGAACCAGACCACGAUAUCGUACAAGACGGCCAGUUUGAUAGACUCGCAGUUUAACACAUCCAGAGAUUCAAACAAAUUAUUGGAAGUAUUGCAAAGUGUAGACGCGAAGGCCAUAGACGAUGCUGCAUUAACCUUUGCAAAUUGGGAUUCCAGCCAGCCCAGUUGGGCGGAGAGGAAACAAUUAGAACAAGGAUUUUAUUUUGCUCCUGUAGUCGAAGUUGAGAACAACGACUCUUUUGUAACGGGAUAUCCUUAUGUCAUUUUGGAAAAUGGAAAUUUCAAUAAAAUACCUAUUAUGAUUGGUACAGAUGCUGACGAGGGACUUAUGAACUUAUCAGAAUAUCUAGAUAGUCAGUUGGCUGCUUAUGACGAAGCAUAUUCAAGAAUGAACCCGGGAAACCUCCAUCUUGUUGAUGCACAAGAUAUCAGUGAAGUUGGAAAUGCCAUUAAAGAAGAAUAUUCCCCGAAUGAUACAUUUUUAAACAACAAAUUAGGUGCCUUUGAGUAUUUCACAGAACAAGACUUUACAAAAUCUAUAGUAAAACAUGCCGAAUUACAUUCGGCCGAAGCAAGUACAUAUUUCUACGAAUUUUCGUACUCUGGGGAAAUGGGUUUUAAUACCUAUUACAGAUAUCCAGGUUCUACAAAUAUUACUCAUGGCGAAGAAAUGGGAUAUAUUUUUUCCACUGCAGAUCCAAAUAAUUUUUCUGUAGCCGAUCAACUAGUGCAUAAGAGAUUAUUAAGAUUAUGGAUUAACUUUGCUACUUAUCUAAACCCGACGCCAGAAGUUGAUGAACUCUUGCAAAAUAUUACUUGGCCUGAACUCAAACCUGGAGCCUUUAAGUUUGUGAAUAUACUGUCGGAUUUGGUAGUGACAGCGGGCACACCAAAGGCGAAGAGAAUAGCUUUCUGGGACAGCCUGUAUGAGAAAUAUGGAAUCAAGCCUUUUGAUACAUAUUAGGAAACUUUAUUGUGUACUUUAUAUAGAUAUUGAUCUAUUAAAUUGUUAAAAAAA